GAGAGGAAUGUGGUCCUUAACGUCCGGGGCAUCCUCGAACUCCUGUAAUCUGACCUUUCUGCGUCCAGUCUAUCCGUCCUUAUCUCUCCAUCUCGGUUCUGUAAUAGCAGUGCAUUUGCCUUGAGCUCCCCGCAUCUCGAGGCGCAGCUCCCCAGAAUACUCUUAAUUCACGUCUGUCAGACCGUGUCCAUCCUUGAACCACUGCAACACCGCUGCCAUGUUCGGACCUACAGAUCCCCAGCUUGUGCGCGCACAGGAGCUGCACGCCCCGCCGCCCAAGGGCCACCCGUACAGUCUGCCCCUCGCCGGGACUGAGACUGAGGGGAAGAGCGCCGUGUAUCGGCACUGGCGGUUCACGGACAAGCCGCUGCUCGACAGCCUGGUCCCGGAGAUCAACACGCCGCACGAGGCCUUUGAGGCGACGGCCGCGCGCUUCCCCAAGAACAACUGCCUCGGUCACCGCCCGUACGACCCGGUCGCGAAGAAGUUUGGCGGGUACGUGUGGCAGAGCUACGAGCAGAUCUCGGCGCGCCGCAGGAACUUUGGCGCGGGUCUUGUCCAUCUGCACAGGCAGGCCGGUGUCACGAAGCCCAAGCAGUACGGCGUGGGGCUGUGGUGCCAGAACAGGCCUGAGUGGCAGAUCACCGACCUGGCGUGCAUGUCGCAGGCGCUGUACACCGUCUCCAUCUACGAUACCCUCGGCCCAGACACCACCGAAUACAUCAUCAACCACGCCGAGCUGGCAUGUGUGGUGACGGGCAUGAACCACGUCACGACGCUGCUGAAGCUGAAGCCGCGCCUGCCGACGCUCAAGAUCAUCGUCGUCCUGGACCCGCUAUCUGCGGGCGAGCUCCCUGGCGAGUCCAAGGGCGACCUGCUCAACUCGUUGGCCAGCGAGCUCGGCGUGACCAUCCACUACAUCCGUGAUGUCGAGGCACUGGGCGAGAAGCAGCCGCUCCCCGUCAACCCGCCGACCCCCGACGACACCGUGACCAUCAACUACACGUCAGGAACCACCGGCAACCCCAAGGGUGUUGUGCUGAGCCACCGCAACGCACACGCCGCGACAUGCACGAGCAUGGUGCUGCUCGGCAGCGGAAACGACCAGAUCAUCUGCUCCUUCCUCCCGCUUGCUCACAUCUACCAGCGACUGGGCGAGCACGGUGCUCUCGCGGCCGGCUCGGCCAUUGGCUACUUCCACGGCAACAUCGUCGAGCUGGUCGAGGACCUGCAGCUGCUGCGGCCGACCAUCUUCUCCGGUGUGCCCCGUCUCUACAACCGCUUCGGGUCGAAGAUCAAGGAGGCCACCAUCGAGCAGGGCGGCAUCAAGGGCGCGCUGUCCCGUCAUGUUGUGUCUACGAAGCUGGCCGCCGUCAACGACAAGCAGAACCCCACGAACACCCACAUGCUCUACGACCGCAUCUGGGCCAAGAAGGUGGCGGCCGGCCUCGGUCUCGACCGCUGCAAGGUGCUCGUCAGCGGCUCUGCGCCGAUCGACCCCAGUCUGCACCAGUUCCUGCGCAUCGUCUUCGGCAGCAACUUCACACAAGGCUACGGCCUGACAGAGACGUACGCGGUGUCGCUGAUCCAGCACGAGGGCGACUUCACCUCUGGCAACUGCGGCGGCGUGACGCCCAACACCGAGGUGUGCCUCGCGGACGUGCCGGACAUGGAGUACCUCUCGUCCGACAAGCCGUACCCCCGCGGCGAGCUGCUCGUCCGCUCGACAACCACCUUCAAGGAGUACUUCCGCAACCCGGAGGAGACGGCCAAGGCCAUCGACGCCGACGGCUGGUUCCACACGGGUGAUGUGUGCUCGGUGGACGAGAUGGGCCGCUUCAAGAUCAUCGACCGCAAGAAGAACGUGCUCAAGCUGGCGCAGGGCGAGUACAUCUCGCCCGAGCGGAUUGAGAACGUGUACCUCGCCAACUGCGGGUGGAUCGCGUCGGCGUACGUGCACGGCGACAGCCACCAGUCGUUCCUGGUUGCCAUCUUCGGCGUGGCGCCCGACAUCUUCCCCGGGUGGGCGUCCAAGGUGCUCGGCGAGAAGAUCCCCGAGGGCGACCUCGACAAGCUCAGGCAGGUGCUGGGCGACAAGCGGCUGGAGGCGGCGGCGCUCAAGGAGCUCAACAAGAUCGGCACCAAGAACAAGUUCAACAGCUACGAGAAGGUCAAGGCGGUGCGCCUGUUCCUGGAUCCGUUCACGAUCGACAACCAGCUCUUGACUCCCACAUUGAAGCUCAAGCGCCCGCAGACAGCGAAGGCGUUCAGACAGCACCUCGACGACUGCUACGAGGAGGGACUCGCAGCGGAGAGCAAGGCCAAGGCCAAGUUGUAGAUGUUAUCGUGCAUUGAGCGAGAUUGGCGUGUACGAAGAUGGAACUGUCAGACGGAUAGACAAUGCCGGAUUGCAUUGACAGCGUGUACAU